AUGCAGACAAGCAUUGAGAAAAGCAUCUACAUCAAGGUGCCACCUCUAUUGGCCAUUAUGGAGGCUGCCCCCAUAGACUUUUUUAUAGCAGGGAAUGGCAUAGAUCAUAUGGAUUUAAACAACACGCUGCUGUACCUUUGUUGCAAGACUGUAAAAGGAGAUGGAACUGAACUUGCCGGGGAUGCCGAGGUGGGCCUGGUGAAUUACCCCGUGGCAUCUAUUUUCAGUCAUUUGGAUGUCACGCUGGGAGAUUGCCUCGUAAGCCAAAGCAACAACUGUUACCCUUACUGGGCCUUUAUAGAAUCGGUGCUCAAACAGCGACGACACCCUCACCACACAGUUUUCUGCCGGCCUGUUUACAAAGACACUCCCAGACAACACAAAGAAAUGGAGUUGGAUGGCAGUAAUCUAGGGUUUGUGAGGUGGGCAAAGCUGAUGGCCCUGAGCAGGAUAAUAGAGUUGUUGGGUCAUCUACACGACAACUUGUUUUUUCAAGAAAAACUUUUGUUGAAGAGAGUGGAUGUGAAAAUUAAACUGACACACAGUAAAGACGCCUUCUGUUUAAUGGGUGAUGCAGCCGAAGGCUUUAAACUGCACUUUGUAUCAGCGUCCCUCUUUGUGAAGAAAGUAUGGGUGGCCCCCGGCAUCUGUCUUGGGAAUGUGCAGGCCCUGCUUACCGCUAAUGCUAAAUACUCUGUGGACCGUGUGGAAAUGAAAGUGUUUAGCAUCCCAUCAGGCAGCAGGGUCAGUAACCAGGAGAACCUGUUCUUGAGACAGUUAUCCAAAAUGCUUGUCCUAGGGUUUGUGGAUAAUGAUGCCUUUAACGGAAGUUAUGCUAAAAGCCCCUUUCAUUUUAAACAUUAUGAUAUUCAUUUUGUGGCCUUGUAUGUGGAUGGUGAACAGGUAUCAACCAAGCCUCUGCAACCAGACUCUGAGGCCGGACGCUGCGUGAGAGAGUACAGGAGUCUGGUACAGACAGCUGGUAAAUACAUGAAAGAUCGUUCUCUGUUAAUCAACCCAUGA